AGGGAGUAUUAAUACCAGAAGCGAAGAACAUCUGAAAAUUGUAUAAUAGCAUCUGCACGUCUUAUUACUCUUUGCACCAUUCAUUUUGAGCGAGGACUUGCAGAUAUAUACCAGCUGCUUCGAUUUGGUCAGCCUAGUGCAAUGGCAGAUGUGGUUGACGUGGAAUCUAUAACCACAUUUCCUGAUUUAGGUUCGACUUACCUAAGUGAGGAGAGACAGAAAUACCUGUAUCAGUACCAACCUUUGUACAGAGCCAUACUGAAGAAUGACUGGACUGCUGCUGAGGAAGUCAUUGAUAAAUACCCAAGUGUCCUGAGGGAUUAUAUAUCCGAAGGAAAGGAAACUGCGCUUCACAUUGCUGCUUUAUCCAAAGACGUUAAUUUCGUGAAAAAAAUAGUAGAAAAGAUGGAUGCACAAGACAUGGAGAUUCAGAAUGGACAGGGUAAUACUGCCCUUUGUUUUGCAGCUGUCGAUGGAAAUGUAAGAAUUGCAGAACUCAUGAUUGCGAAAAAUAGUAGGCUUCCCAAUUUGCAUGGUCCUCAAGGGGUGAAACCAAUUGAUAUGGCUGCUUCAUUAGGACAAAAGGAAAUGGUCAAGUAUCUUCACCCUUUAUCCACAGUGGUUAACUGGAGUAUAGAUGAAAAGGCCACCCUACUCACAACCUGUAUCGCUAGUGGCUUGUACGAUGCAGCAUUCAGAAUGGUCCACAAUGACUCGACUCUUGCUGCUGCCAAGGACGGCAAUGGCUUAACAGCGCUGCACGUUCUUGCUCGUCUGUCUUCAUCAUUUAAUGGUGUACACCAAGAAGGAUUAUGGAGAAGAAUCAUUAAAUCAUCAUACCUACGCGUGAAGGAGGAAAAUGAGGAACAGUCACAACAAGUCUAUGCCCACAAACUUGUAUACUUCAUCUUGGAUCAUAUUCUUCUUAAUGAAGACUGUGAAAUAUCAAGCUUAGUUGAAGAUGUUCCUACGCUAUUAUUUGAAGCUGCAGAAGUUGGAAAUACUGAAUUUGUGAUUGCACUUAUAGACUACUAUCCUGAUUUGAUAUGGCAAGAAAACUACCGCAAUCAAAGCAUCUUUCAUAUUGCAAUUUCACAUCGUCAUCAAAAGAUUUUCAACCUUAUUCACGAAAUUGGUUCCAUUGGGAGCCUGCUGGCGACUCGCAAAGACAAGAUUGACGGUAACAAUAUGUUGCAUUUAGCAGCAACAUUAGCACCUCAAGAGAAGCUCAACAAAGUUUCAGGCGCAGCACUUCAAAUGCAACGAGAUCUACUCUGGUACAUGGAGGUGCAGAGUAUAGUUGGACCAUCCUACAGAGUUAUGAAAAACAAGGACGCUCAAACUCCCCACGACAUAUUCAAGGAAACGCACAAAGGCCUUAUGAAGGACGGUGAAAAAUGGAUGAAAAGUACUUCCAGUUCAUGUCUGGUAGUCGCCACACUCAUCGCCACAGUAGUAUUCACAGCAGCUUUUACUGUACCAGGAGGCGUUGAUACCAGUGUUGGAGUUCCAGUUCUGUUAGACGAGCCAUUCUUCAAAGUAUUUGCCAUAUCCGAGGGCAUCGGUAUGUUUGCCUCUUCAACCUCAAUCUUAAUGCUCCUAUCCAUCCUCACAUCGCGAUACCAAGAAAAGGACUUCUUGCACUCCUUACCUCUCAUGCUGAUGCUUGCAAUCACAACACUAUUUCUCUCUAUAGCAGCCAUGAUCAUAGCCUUUUGCACUACCUUAUUCUUAUCUUUCGAGGAUGGAGCGACCUUACUCCCUAUUCUCCUUGGAGUAUUUGCUUGCAUACCAAUCAUGUCUUUUCUUAUAAAGUUUCCCCUCUUGGUUGACAUAAUUUGCUCAACAUACGAUUCCCGCUUCCUUUUUCGUUCCAAUAAUCGGUUGUUCCAGAGAAAAAGGAGGAUAUAUUAAAUAAACUAUAUAGGCUUGUGGCCUUGUGUAAACAAGUUUUAAAUUCUGAGGUUCAAGUAUAAUAUAUGCUUUGUAUAUCAUUGCUUGUGAGUUAAGUUGUACUAUACAUAUAUAGAAGCAUCCGAGAAUAUUUUAAGUGCUGAUGAACGAAGAUCAUGUUCAUCCAGGGGCGGAUCUAGGAAGAGGCACGGGGGGACACGUGCCCCCCCUAAAAUUUUUUUUUACAUUUUUUCACCAUUCUAAAUUUUACAAAAUUAUAGAAGUGCCCCCCCAAAUUUUGAAAAUAUAUAGGUGUUUUCCUGAAAAUUUGCUUGGUGCCCCCCUAAGAUUAUGGGUCUAGA